GGUGUUAUGUAUCGUUCAGUAAAUAAGAAAUUAGCACGCUUUUGUAAAAAAUUGAUGCUAAGGUUUGAGAUAUUUAAAGUGUCAUUGCUUGCCUUUUGAGGCAUGCACGGGCAUGUCAUCUUGUUUUCCAUUCGUAAGACGUAAGCAAAGAAAUAACAAAGAAAUAUUCCUUGUCAUCUUGGGAUUGGAUAAUGCUGGAAAGACGACAACAACUCGUAGUAUAAAGGGUGUUUCAAAUGACUUAAUCGCGCCUACUAUCGGCUUUGAUCGAAUUGAAUUUGCCAUAGAUCGGUUUAAUAUUAACCUUUACGAUCUGGGUGGUGGUCGAACAAUACGUGAUAUUUGGGAGACCUAUUUUGCUGAAGUCUAUGGUGUUAUAUUUGUAGUGGAUUCAAGUGCACCCGAAAGACUAGAAGAAUGCCACGAAGUUUUGGGCAAGGUUCUCGCUCAUCCAUGCAUAUCAGGUAAACCGGUUCUUUUACUAGCAAAUAAACGAGAUAUCAAAGACGCAGUAGAUGAGUCGGAGCUGAUAGCAGCACUACAGCUGGAUGAUUUGGUAAAUCAACAUCAAUGCCCUUGCAGACUGGAGUGCUGUUGCGCUUUAUUGCUACCCGGUAAAAAAUUGGAUAAAGCGAUUCGCGAUGGUUUGAAAUGGCUCCUUGCUUACAUUGAAUCAGAAAUGACAAGUCUUCAAUCACGUGUACACGCUGAUGUGGCUAGACAAGCAAGAGAACAAGCAGUAGAACGUGAAGCCAGAAAAGAGAGAGUACGGUUAGCUAGAGAGGAGAGAGAACGUUUGGAAAAAUUGUCCAGUCAACAAAAUGGAAAACUAGAUUCGAAGAAUACAUCGCAAUCAGAUAACCUCACUGGUGCAGAUGAUAUAUCGAAUGAUAUGACCAGUCAUCCAUUAUCAGUAGUAGCUGAAAAUACAAACCUGACAAAAAAUGGCUAUGAAGACAAAAUGGCCAACGAUGAUUUACUGCCGUUCGAGUCUAACAAUUUCCUUGAGUUACCGGAACCAAAACUCUGCCGAGACAGUCAAUUUAUGCCAAGUAGUUCAGUGACAUCAAAAGAGAAAAAUAAUCCCUUAGCUUGCUCACUGUUAAAUUCACGUGAUUUGAUACAUCAGAUACAGUUGGCUUGCAGUAUAGACAUGGAGUUUACAAACCGAGGGAUUGGUCUUAGCAGCUGUCAUCAUGAGGAUAAAAAUGGUUUACUAAUUGAUGAAGAAGUAGAGGGAGAAGUGAAUGAUAAUGACGAUGAAGAUGAAGAAAUAAGUGAAAAUGAGAAGGCUGCUACUAUUCAAGAAAAAGAAGAAAUAUCAACCCUAUCCUUAUUAUCACCAUCAAUGUGUUGUCAUUUGGAAAAAGAUAGGGAAUCAAAAACUGAAGUGGUGGAAAUGAAUAUUCUGAAAACAAAGGAUCAUCUUAAUAAGGCAGAAUUCACUAACGAUGAUUUUAUGAUGAGGCACAGUCCAAAAUCCUCCAUAGAUGACGAUCUAAUUAGUCCAGUGUUAAACUCAAGUGUUCGGAGUCAGAGAGUUACACCAAUGCUAAUUCAGCCCCUUUAUGGAAAUAAUAAUUUUUCAGUUAAAAAAUCUACUACCCGGUUGUCGGAUGAACAAAUAAAUACAUUUGGCAAGGCUAUCCAUGAAAACAGUAGCCGCUGUUCGUCGAAAACAAGUUCACCAUUGAAAAAAUCUAAAGGCCCAUCACCAUUAGCACGCAUUUUGGUGCCAGACUUCAACAAAUUACACCCUAUGGUAGAUCAAAAAUCAAAAAGUACAGAGUCUACUUCAGUAUUAGCUGUUCUUCCCCCAUCAGCUCCGCUAAGAACAACGGCAGCCGCAAAUGGUCUGAAAAAACCUGCCAAAUCGUCUUUGCGAAAGUCUUAUACGAAGCCUUCGAAAUGAAUAAUAUGUGCUGUAUGGGUCUUUCUCAUGUGGAAUAGAAUGAAAUGAAGCUUAAACGCAUAAACCUGUUUAUCAGUAGUGAUUUGUUUGGUUUGUUUUUUGAUCAGACGUUUUCUGUUUAUGCCCCUUUUAAUUUAAAAGUGUACGAAUCUAUUGUCUUUAAACCUAUUAUUAUUGUCCUAUUAGGUGAGAACUAUUCUUACCCUCAUCCCCUCCUAGCGUUAUCCAACACAAAACUGAGAAUUAUCAAGUGAAAAUUCGACCAGAUGACCUAUUUUAUCUACCAGAUAUGCUUGGUGGUUAUUCCCUGUUAUCUCUAUACCUCUUUCAAACCAAUUUUUAGUAUCUAAACUACCAUAACUUAACAUUAGAUUGAAGAUUCCUAUGGAGAAGCAGAAAAAAAUUGUGCAUAUAUAACUAUUGACUGUGACUAUACUUUGUGAAAUAUUUCAUGGAGUUCAGCAUUUUAGUUAAUGAGCAUCAUCCAGUUUUUUGACUACGUAACAGAAAAAUUAUUUCAUUAAAUGUUUCAAAAGAAUGUGAUAUUAUGCCUGUAUGAUGUCUAUCAGAUUUUAAUGAUCAACAAAUAAUGAGCCUAAUAAAUACACCUUAAGAUAUAACAGAAAUUAGGUCUUCUUCACCGCUAGAUACUAAAGACUACUACUGAAAAUAUAGAAAAUUCGAAGAAUAAACUGAGUUUAUGAGAAGCAAAAAAACGCAGAGAAGAUUGAAUAACCCUACAAAUACUAUAUUCCUGACCUAUAAAUGAAAUGAAACGAAUUUCAUUCAGAACGCAGUGAAAUAUAUCAAAAACAGUUACCUAGGAUCAAGUGUUGUAUUAUUCAGAGAAAUAUAAUAAAAUAGCUCUUAAGAGAAACAUAUAUCAUACUGCUGCUGAGCCAAUAAGCAUUUGUUUCAGGAUAAUCCGAUUUUCCUCAAUUUCUUCAAAAACAGCUCCUUCAGAUACUUCAAAAGAUACGGAUUUACAGCAAGGAGCACUAGACUACUUUUGCAUCAAAUUUUUGGACUACUAAGCUGUGUGUCCGCGUGAUCACAUGAGGAAUCAAUCAGUGGUUUUCUGACUGAAUUUGGUUUUGGAUGAAACCCCUUGAGAUCAAUCGAUUCCAUACAAAUCAUGAAAGUGAAUCACAAUUCAAUGUUCGCUGGUAUCUUGCUUUUAGACGAUCUUACCGAAGUCCUAGCAACAUGCGAUGACCAGUUCACCCAACUAAAUUGAGUGUGAGUACAAAAACACGCUGAUAACACCAUACUAUAGUCGUGCCAUGUCACAAAUUGAUAGAAGUACUAAAAACGUAUACCAUUGGAUUGCAAUCCACCGGCUGAGUGGUAAAGUGUUUGCUGUGAAACUUGACAGUCUUGGGUUCCUCAGCUUUUCAAUAAAUCUCCAUCUGAGGUUGUUGUCUGAUGGAAUUCUAUUUAAAUCACUCACUUCCUUAAAAUUCUCUCAACUGCUAAAGGUGCAGAAUGGAUAAAAAAUAUACUGAAGUAACCCUUCUAGGUAUCCUGUAAAGAAUGAUAUGAAACAUAUAUAAUUAUUUUCUGAUCAGUGCGUCUGAAGAGCGUGUUAUUGGGACUAAUGCAUCAUUGGCAUCAUACUGCUUAAGUGACUUCAUAGAGCCUUCAGAUUCCACGCUAAAUAGUCAUUCAGCUCUUUCGUAAUGGAAAACGGGGUAUUAGAACAAAAGCUGUACUUACAACGUCAGCGGCAACAUCAACGUCGCCAAUGUAUCAAAAUCAAAAGCUUCAUGUACAUUACAGUGGCUUUGGUAUUUUCAGGCCUACCAAAUUUAAAAUCGUAUUGAUUUUCGUCGCUUUAACCAACCUGAUGCUAACACGUUGGUUCGUGUUUUUUCCCGAAAUUUUGAAGCGAAGGGAUCGGUUGAAAAGGUCUUAAGCAUAUGCGAGUUCUUGUGAAGUUUUCUUCAUUCUUUCUGCACAACAUGACAAUAACCAAAAAGCUGCGUAUGCAUUAUCACAAUAACAGUCUGAUGAUUGAAGGUUGAAGAUCAUGCUACAUGCAUUUCGUAGAAAAAUUUCAAAUGGUAUACUUUUCUCGAUAUAACACUUUUUAACGGUUUUAGACGGUUACAAUGAAGGACGCAUUGCAAAAGUCACUAUCAUACCAUGGUCUUAACGUAUUCGCCGAAGUUGAACUCAUUUGCUGAACAUACUCAAUAUACGGUUCUGUUUAACUUCAUAUAUGUUUUCUGUUGACAAAGUUAUAUUUUAGUUCAGAUUCCCUGAUCCCAAAAAUAAUCUGCACCUGUUAAAUUUGAUGUUAAAGUGAUGUCUGUAGAUGAUGAUUGCUCACCAUCUGCAAUUUAUAAAGUUUGAGUAUUAAACUGAUUUUGAAGCCUU